AUGUUCAAGUCCAUACGAAUCUUUUUGUGCGCACUUAUGGUCCUGGAACUGCUUGGAUUUCCGACUGGAGCUCAGAGUAAUACAUGUCCAUUAUCCGAUCCUUCGAGUCAGUGCAGCGCUUUUUGUGUGUCCGCACUACAGCCAGUUAUCGAUCACCUUAGAAAGGAUCUAGAGGAUUGGGGCAGCUGCGAUGUGAAACUAAACGAAACGCAGGAAAAACUACAGCGCAUUGAGUUGGCGACGAAUGAGAUUCUUUCCGGAACCCAGCUCAUUUUCCAUUUUUCAAAUUUGACGCACACUGUAUCAGAGGACCUCGCGGAAAGACUGGACAGGAUUGAAGGCAAUCAGGCAGUCCUAGGAAACCAGCUACAAGCUAUAAUGAACAGUACGGAAGUCAAGCUAACUGCGAUGCGGAACACCCUAUCCAAACUAGAGUGCAGAUCGAUGUUGCAAAGCUAUCGAGAAAACGAAGGACAACGAAAGCGAUCUAGCUAUCUACCAUAA